UGGAAACCCAUUGCCAUUAUUUGGCAUUUGUUUUGCAUUCUUAGAUUUGUAACUGGCAAUAUGAAUAUCAGUAUAAAAGUAAUGUUUCGACAGUACACUUGCUUGAGUUUUAUUCACUCGUUUGAGACAUAUUCACGAGAUAAUGAAUACAAAUUUGUUAAAAAAGAGGAAGAACGAAAAUGAGAACUAUGCCACGCAUGAUCAAUUAUCGGACUCAGACAGUGAAAUUGAGAUAAAUAAUAAUUGUGUCAGAAAAAAGGCAAUGAGAAUUCGGAGUAAAAAUGUAUUUAGUACCUCCGAAUCAGAAGAAGAUGAUGUAGUCGAUACUUUACAUCCAUCGAGUUCUAAUGACAUGCAAUGGACUAUGAAGAAUGUUAACUUAAAAUUUCACAAAUUUAAUGCCUCCAAUGCCGGACUCCAGAGAGAUGACAUCACAUUCUCCUCUUCGAUAUUAGACUAUUUCGAAAUAUUUUUUUCAUCCGAACUGGUGAACUUCAUAGUAGAUAAGACAAAUAACUACUGGGCACAUAGAGUAAAUCAUAACAUGUAUAAUCACAAAAUUGGGACAACUGUUGACGAAUUAUACUGUUUUCUUGCAUGCACAUUGCUAAUGUCGCGAAAUAAAAAAUUACGACUAAGCGAUUAUUGGUCUCGCAAUAAACUUUUAAGAACAAUAUUUUUACCGAGAUUAUGUCUAGAGAUAAGUAUUUAACAUUAUUGAAAAUGUUAUAUUUUGUAGACCAUAAUACGUAAUCUUCUGACCGUUUACAUAAGAUCAGCAGUGUUUUCAGUAAACUUGUAAAAUCAUUUAAAGA